AUGACAGAGAACGAUGACGUGCAAUUAGAGAAAGCACAUGAGAGAAUUCGUGAACUCAACAGUGAACUCGUUAGGCAAGGCGACGCUUCAGCAGAGGCGGUACUAUCUCGUGCGAUUGCUAUGCUGGACAAAAUAUCGUUGUCAACUACGUUGCUCAACGAUUCCAAAACGGAGUCGGCUCGUCUCGCCAAAGAUCUGCGCCAAUUCGUCACGAGCCUUCAAGCUGCAGUGAGUUUCCAAAGUUCUGAGAAAAGAAUUACGUUACUGGUAUUAGGUAUCCAUCAAGGGAAAUAUCAGGGCUAUAUCCUAUACCGUGGAUGGAAUCCGGGCUAUAUGUAG